AUGGACCACCUGGCCGGAUGGGUCGUGGAGUACAAAUGGUUCGAGGUCUGGAGGGCCAGACAUUGUAGUCUCUGGAAACGUUCAAAAGACUCAAGAGUGGAUGGUAACCCUCUGUGCUUUUGCCUUCUAGCAAUACUCGUCGCCCAUCUUGUCAAAAUCAUUGACGAUGACGCCGACGCCGCUGCACUUCACGCCGCAUUUAUUUUCUCGAGCGUCGCGUUCAACGUCAUUGUCACCAUUGCCAUCCGAGUUUCCCGUCUCCUUCUAACCAAUCGACGACUCGCUAAAUCACUGCCUUCGUGGAGGUUCAAGCCUUAUAGAGGUGUUAUAUCCAUUGUCGUCGACUCCGCUGUUCCACUUGCUGUCUGUGGGGUGGCUCGUGCUGCCAUCGAAGUCUUCGAUAUCCGAAUUACCGAAGCCAGGUCUCCUCUUGUUAGUGUUGACACCUGGUUCCGGCUCACCAUCUUUGGUGUCUUCGUCGACAAGCUCUACUUUACUGUCGCGUCGGGCAUCGGCUCACAGGAACCGACCCUGCGACUCUAA